CGACGUCUGUGGCCCGAUUGGUGGUUUCGCAUGAAAUGUGUCGAGGCUCAACCAGCGACUCGGCGGUCUUACCAAAACGGUACGAUUAUACAUGACUCCCGCUGUCGUUUCGCUAUUCUCUACAGCACAGAACCCCUUGCUUCCUCUCCGCCAUCAAGAGAGACAGAGAGAGAGACGACGACGACGACCACGAAGCUCGGACGGCAGACGAUCAGCAACGGAAGACAAGACGAAACAUCACCCUAUCGCGCGCAAUGUUUCUCCUCAAUACUGUCCCCCUCGGUCCGAUUAGCAGCAAGUUCAAGUAUCCGCUCCUGUCCCUUAACGUCGUCAUGAUCGUGUGGGCAAUCUUCAUGAACUACUCGUUCGUUCAUCCGACAUCCAAGACGAUGAUGUGGCUGCGCGACCAAGGCUACUGGUGCUUUACGGCCAUCUACGUCGGUCUGUGCGCCUUUGCCGUCCUUGUCGGUCUGAUCAACGUCUGCUAUGUCUACGGGGCUUUCCGUGACACCGAUUCCCUCCGGAUGAAGAAGUUCAGGAAUGCAACUACCAUCCUCUGCUGCCGUUCCGUCCCGGUGCAUAAGGCAAUCGGCAUAGUCGUCCUUCUGGUCCUUGGAUCCUACGGCUUGGUUUCCUCGAUUGCUUUCCGGGACAUGUUUGUGAGGCGCGAGUACGAGCAUGCGUGCAGUGGGUACAUGCUCAUGGCGGAGGUCUACGUCAAGUCGGACUUUCCUAGCUAUGACGGUGCGUCAGGUUCUCCGAUUCAUGAGGCCUCUUCCACGAUUCGCUUCUUCAAGGAUGGUCACCACCAGUAUACGAUGGACCUGGUGCGGCUUUGGAAUCAAUCCUUGGGGUUCGACGGCUACAAUCGAGAUCUGCAGAAGGACAAGAGCUACAACUGGGGAACAUUCGAACUGGCCACCCACGUCACCGAGCCCGAGCCUUCGGAGGCUGGCACGAGUGGACGCCGAACCGAGUACGUGAACAUGACCAAGCUGGUAGAGGAUCAGUCAAGAGGUCUCAAUAUCACGCAGCCCGGACCGAUCGCCAAGAUUCACUACGACCUCCGAAACCUGACCUACACCAUGACGUUUACCAAUACUUCGGCUCCUGGCUUCCCACCUAUCGUCAAAUCCGGACUAUUCAACCCAGACAAAAAGAAAAUGACGUUCCCGGAUCUCGAGCUGGAGCAGAGUGACAGCGAUGAAUGGAGAUUCACUGAUCACGUUUGUCUUCCACCACGCCUCGGAAUGAAGGUCAAAUACCACGUGGAGAACGCUAUCCAUGGAGAGUUUGCCCUCGGAUGUCGUCUCUACAGGAUGUGUGCCGUGAAGAUAGGCAGUGACUUGCCCGGGAAUGUGCGACAGAAUCAGGAACGGAUCGAGCACACGUGGCCGGUGGUAGCCGGAGUGGUUGCUUGGGAGUUCGAGUCGUUUACUCGAUGCUGCCUGCGAAAGGAGUAAUGGGCGGCCCAUGUACUGGCGAUGAUGGGUGUUUUGUUGCGUGGGUAGAGCAGGGUUAGGUUUGCCCGUCGACGAAACAAAGGGCGAAACGCCGGUUCUUUUGCUUCUCGCUCGGUUUUUUCUUUGUGUACAGUGUUUUG